AUGAUCAUCUACCGCUAUCUCAUCGUGGGCUUGGCGAUCCUCGCCCCAGCAGUCAGUCGGGCUACGAGUACGCAGCAGCCUCUCGACAAACCCGGAUGUGAUGGAUCUGGCCUGGUCGACCCAGAUGGCCAUGACCCCUGCAGCGGUGAUGGACUCAUUAAUGACCCCGGCCCUGGUCAUUCGGGCCACCGUGAGGGCUUCCAAUUCGAGAACCCGUCCACCCACUGUCGCUUUGUAUCCCAGAUGCACAUAUGGGAUUCCUUCAAAGAUCUCGAGAAAGACAUGAGCAAACUAUUCACACUGAUAAAUAAGGACGUCAAAUUUACUGUGGUCGGCCAUCAUCCCAUCGCUGGGCGGUAUCAUGAUUUGCUGCAUUUCUACGUGAAUGCCCUGCGUCGAGUGAGCGUACUUUUCUAUGACCACGCCGAUAAGUUCGAGAUCCACCCCAAGGCCAUCCACGGCGGGUGUAAUAGUGCUUGGUCAGUCGAGGAGAUUCAGUUCAAGGGGGUGAUGAACUCUGGUGAUAAAUUCGAUAUUGUCAAUGUAUGGGUGACUAGGUGGGAUCAUAACCAGCAAAUGGCCGAGAUCCGCACUUAUAUUGAUGCACCAUCCAUUACGGAGGCACUGCACAAGAAUGAAAUUUGGUGGAAUGGGACGAGUGAGCGAGAUAACCUGCAGUAUAUGCCCGGCCCGGCAGGCAUGCCGAAUCUUGAAGAGCUUGAGGAUCUUUUGGGCUACCCGGAUGGACCAAUGGCCGACUCCAAGCUGCGCAAACGCUCUCGCGCGGCCUGUCUUUCAUGCCAAUCACGGAAGAGAAAAUGCUCGGGCGAUCACCCAUGCACAACUUGCAUCCAGUCUGGCACACCGUGCCAAUUCAACCCCACACCCCGCAAGAAGCACAGUAGCGCGUAUCGGACCAGUCUGUCUGCGCCGGAGGAGGGACAGCAGCAACCUGAGAACUGGCCAAAGACACAGCCACGGCCCGGCUCUGCCAGCAUUAGAACUGGUGCUUCGGAUAGCGCCAUAUCACCCGCCUCCGGUAUUCAUCCUAAUGGCCCCGGAUCCAAUGAUUCCCGACCGGAUGACUCCAAACCUACCAGUCAGUCCUUAGAGGCCAACUCCGGGGCUUCGUUUGUCCGCAAACUUGGGCUGCGUAUCGACCCUGCUCGCGCACCGCGACUCCAUCUAUUUGCAUGGAAUGUCGGCGAGAGAAAGCAAUCGCCAGAUCGUGCGUUACCCGGGACGACGGCUUCAAUUGGCCAAAUCCUGUCCCAGGCCCAGAUGCUGGGGUUAGCAUCAAUUUACUUUGAAAAGGUCCACCCAUGCUAUGCGUUUCUGAACAGAGAAACCAUCCUAUCUCGUAUAGUACGGCAUUGGUCAAAUAAAACAUACGGAGAACAAGACCCAGCCUUUGAUACUGUACUUUGUGGCAUCGCGGCCCUAGCCUAUCUCUUCUCACAGCGCGAGAUUAUGGAUAUUGAGAUCAAACUAGCCGAAGACGCACGAAUUUUCCUUGAAAAGUCCGUCAUAUGCGGCGAACCACCUUCAAUCGACACAAUAACAGGCUGGGUGCUACGCACAGCCUACCUUCGAAUGACAGCCUCCCCACAUGCUGCAUGGAUGGCUAGUUGCACACUGAUGCAUCUAAUCGAAGCAGCACGCUUACACCUCGAAGCCUCGAGCCUAGAAACACCCACAGAACUUGGAAAUACAUCUACCGGAAAUCAUCCCAGCCAGAACAGCAUCUACACCUCACCCAAAUCCGACCUUGACACUCGCCGGCGCCUCUUCGGCAUGGCACGCCACUUAAACACCUGGAUCUCGUUCGACCUAGGCCGUUCGCGCGUCGUCCUCCACGGCGCCACAUCCCAGUCCCCAGACCAAGCUCAAACAUCAGGAGCAGGAUCAGGAACAGACCUCUUCCACCUCCUCCCCCUCUCCGAAUCCCUGGACCCAACAGGCCCCUCCCCACAAGACCUCCCCCGAGCUCGAAAAAGCCCUAACCUCCUCCAAUGCAACCUAAUGCUCUGCAUCUACCGCCGAGCCAGAGCCCUAAACCCCUACGCGCCCCUCCGCGCAGACCUACAAGACCGCAUCCUCGCCCUCGCAAGCCGCGCGCUCACCGCCGCGCGGAAAAUGGUCGCCGCCUCCUGCCCCUGGCACCAGGUUGCCAAUGUACCGUUCCAGAUCGUGUGCACGCUUUUGGCGAUGGAUAAUCGCGCGGCGUUGGGCUUGUUGGCGGAUGCGAUGGGGACGUUGAGGGUUGUGCAGGCUGCGUAUGAUACAGGUGUUAUGCGUGAGGCUUAUUCGACGGCUUAUUUGCUUGUUGCGUUGCAUCAGCGGCGAAAGGAGGAUGAUACGAGGGCUUUGGCGGAGGUUUUGAGGGAGAAUGCUUCUGCUGCUGGGGAUGUGUCGGGGACUGCUGGUGGUGAUGGGGUUGGGGUUGGGGUUGGGGCUGGAUAUGAUACAGCGAAUGGGAAUGGGAAUGUCCAUGCGAGGGUUAAUGCGUUGGUUGGGGCUUCAUUGCAGCAGGAUGUGCGAACGGAAGGCCAGACUACCCAGCAGAUGCAGCUUCAGCAGGAUGCGGCUGAUGCAGACCUUUCUUGGUUGGGCGAUUUGAUGAUUGAUAUGCCUUCUUUGCAGAACUUUGAUCUGGAGCAGUUUCUUGGAACUACUGUGCCGUGGCCGCUUCCUGAGAUGGGGAUUUAG